UUAUUUUACAAAUAAACAGAUGGAGAAAAAUGUUAACUUUAUUUUCUGAAGCUCUCUCCUUUAUAGCGAGCUUCUUCUCUCUGGGUUUAGGGUUCCCGGUAGUGUUGCAACGACGUUGAGCGCUUUGUACCUUUAUCGCCCUCAUCUGACUUAGAGAUGGAGAUCAUGCCAAGAGAGAAUGAUAACGCUUUGUCAGCUCCUACCCCCAUGGAGUUGUCAACUUUCCCAGGACCUGGUCCCUACGGGAAGCAGCGGACAUCGAGCUUGGAAGCACCUAUCAUGCUGCUAACUGGACAUCCGAGUGCUGUCUACACCAUGAAGUUCAACCCAUCGGGAACUCUGAUUGCAUCUGGUUCACAUGACAGAGAGAUCUUUCUCUGGAGGGUUCACGGGGACUGCAAAAACUUCAUGGUUCUGAAAGGUCACAAGAACGCUAUCCUCGAUCUUCACUGGACCAGCGACGGCUCCAUGAUUGUAUCGGCAAGUCCGGAUAAAACUGUGAGGGCGUGGGAUGUUGACACUGGGAAACAAGUCAAGAAGAUGGCUGAGCAUUCCUCCUUUGUGAAUUCCUGCUGUUCUACGCGUAGAGGACCUCCGCUUAUCGUCAGUGGAUCUGAUGAUGGAACCGCCAAGCUCUGGGACAUGCGUCAGAGAGGAGCCAUUCAGACGUUUCCUGAUAAAUACCAGAUCACAGCAGUGAGCUUCUCUGAUGCAGGUGAUAAGAUUUUCACUGGCGGUGUGGACAACGAUGUUAAAGUCUGGGACUUGCGAAAAGGGGAAACCACCAUGACGCUGGAGGGACAUCAGGAUACGAUCACGGGGAUGAGCUUAAGUCCAGACGGUUCCUACCUUCUCACCAAUGGAAUGGACAACAAGCUCUGCGUGUGGGACAUGCGUCCUUACGCUCCGCAGAACCGGUGUGUGAAGAUCUUUGAAGGGCAUCAGCACAACUUUGAGAAGAACCUGCUCAAGUGUUCGUGGUCACCUGAUGGUACCAAAGUCACUGCUGGUAGCGCAGACCGUAUGGUUCAUAUUUGGGACACAACCACUCGGCGCAUUCUCUACAAGCUCCCAGGCCAUAAAGGAUCGGUCAAUGAGUGUGUGUUUCACCCCACUGAGCCUAUCAUUGGUUCUUGCAGCAGCGAUAAAGAUAUCUACCUGGGAGAGAUCUGAAAGUUUUAAAGCUGUGUGAGACAAUUUGCAAACUAAAUUUGAAUUUAAAGUCUUUAGAUUCAACAAUGUGUUUUAAGACAUUUUGCUUAUUGAGAGAGACAAACUAAACAUUGCUCUUUGCUACAAGUACUAGUAAUCAAGAAGAACUGUUAUCUCUUGCUA